AUGGCCCGGAGCUCCGAGCCCACGGCGCUGCUGCUGCUCGGUUCCGGCCUCCUCUGGCUGUGCUCAGGAGUCUGGGGUACGGACACAGAGGAGCGGCUGGUGGAGCAUCUCUUGGAUCCUUCCCGCUACAACAAGCUUAUUCGCCCAGCGACCAAUGGCUCUGACCUGGUGACAGUGCAGCUCAUGGUAUCCCUGGCCCAGCUUAUCAGUGUGCACGAACGGGAGCAGAUCAUGACCACCAAUGUCUGGCUGACCCAGGAAUGGGAGGAUUACCGUCUUGCUUGGAAUCCUGAGGAGUUCGACAACAUGAAGAAAGUUCGACUCCCUUCCAAACACAUUUGGCUCCCGGAUGUGGUCCUUUACAACAACGCGGAUGGCAUGUACGAGGUGUCCUUCUACUCCAACGCCCUGGUCUCCUACGACGGCAGCAUCUUCUGGCUGCCGCCCGCCAUCUACAAGAGCGCCUGCAAGAUCGAGGUGAAGCACUUCCCGUUCGACCAGCAGAACUGCACCAUGCGGUUCCGCUCCUGGACCUACGACCGCACCGAGAUCGACCUGGUGCUCAAGAGCGAUGUGGCCAGCCUGGACGACUUCACGCCGAGCGGCGAGUGGGACAUCGUGGCGCUGCCGGGCCGGCGCAACGAGCACCCCGAGGACUCGACGUACGUGGACAUCACCUACGACUUCAUCAUCCGCCGCAAGCCGCUCUUCUACACCAUCAACCUCAUCAUCCCCUGCGUGCUCAUCACCUCGCUGGCCAUCCUGGUCUUCUACCUGCCCUCGGACUGCGGCGAGAAGAUGACGCUGUGCAUCUCGGUGCUGCUGGCGCUCACCGUCUUCCUGCUGCUCAUCUCCAAGAUCGUGCCGCCCACCUCGCUGGACGUGCCGCUGGUGGGCAAGUACCUCAUGUUCACCAUGGUGCUCGUCACCUUCUCCAUCGUCACCAGCGUGUGCGUGCUCAACGUGCACCACCGCGGGCCCGGCACGCACACCAUGGCGCCCUGGGUGCGGGCGCUCUUCCUGGAGCGGCUGCCCGCGCUGCUCUUCCUGCAGCCGCCGCGCCGCCGGGGCGCCCGCCAGCGCCUGCGCCAGCGCCUGUGCCGCCGCCAGGGGGAGCGCGAGGGCGCCGCGGCCCCCUCUCCCCGCGGGGCCCCCAGCGCCGACCUCUGCACCUGCUUCGUCAACCGCGCCUCCGUGCGGGGCCUGGCGGGGGCCCUCGGGGCGGAGCCCGCGCCCGCAGCAGCCAUCCCCGUCCCCCGGCGCCUGCGGGGCCCCUGCGGCUGCGGCCUCCGGGAGGCGGUGGACGGCGUGCGCUUCAUCGCCGACCACAUGCGCAGCGAGGACGAGGACCAGAGCGUGUGCGAGGACUGGAAGUAUGUCGCCAUGGUGAUCGACCGGCUGUUCCUCUGGAUCUUUGUCUUCGUCUGUGUCUUUGGCACCAUCGGGAUGUUCCUGCAGCCUCUCUUCCAGAACUACGCCCCCGCCACCUCCCCCCACUCGGACCACUCGGCCCCCGGCCCCAAGUGA